UUUACGAGCAACAGGAUCCAUCUUUAGAUUACAAACACAGAUAGGCAAGACUAAGUCAGAAGCCGAUGUAUUGAUAAUUCAAAUAAGUGGAAGCGGCCUUCAAUAUUUCAAUAUUCCGUAUACGAAGGAACAUCGAUUAACCGGAAAUCAAUGUACGGAACACUCCGAAAAAUAUAAGAUUAUGGCUCACCACAUGGGUGUUCCCAUCUCUUUUCCUCUUCAGCCUACUCAGCCUACAAACUCUGUAGCCGUAUCAACGACCCCUCUGACUCCUCUGACCCCUCUUGGUACAAUGUACAACAACAAUCAGACUAUUCAAAUGGACGAACAAGUGAGCGGUACCAUCGAUCAAGCUAUUCAAGCGCAAUCUCAAAACGUUGCUGGCAUCGUCCCGAUGUUACAAAACAUUGUCGCUACUGUUAACCUUGGUUGUAAGCUUGACCUCAAGACUAUCGCACUUCAUGCUAGAAAUGCUGAAUAUAAUCCAAAGCGCUUCGCCGCAGUCAUCAUGAGAAUUCGAGAACCAAAAACAACUGCCCUAAUUUUCGCUUCUGGAAAAAUGGUUGUCACCGGGGCAAAAUCCGAAGACGAUUCUAAAUUAGCAAGCCGUAAAUACGCUCGUAUUAUUCAAAAACUUGGUUUUAAUGCAAGGUUCACGGAUUUCAAAAUCCAGAAUAUUGUUGGUUCGUGCGAUGUCAAGUUUCCUAUUCGUCUGGAAGGUCUCGCUUACUCUCAUGGACAUUUCAGUAGUUAUGAACCUGAAUUGUUCCCUGGCUUGAUCUACAGAAUGGUAAAGCCAAAAAUUGUCUUGCUAAUCUUUGUUUCGGGAAAAAUUGUUCUUACUGGUGCAAAGUGGUAA